AUGCUUGUUGGUAUGUUCAGAAAACACUACGAACAGAAAAUACCACUACCAGAUGAGGCACUACUAUUAACAAAGGAUAAAAUUACAUUAACUUCAAAACUUGGAGAAGGCGCAUUCGGAGAAGUUUGGCAAGGAACACUGCGAAAAUCAGCAACCCAAACAAUACCUGCUGCAAUCAAAGUGACAAAGCUUAAGGAAGAUAACAAGAAGUAUAUGCAGGAGCUAUUCAAAGAGGACAGGCUAUUGCGGCAAAAUGUGGUCGGAUUUUUCGGAAUGGUAAUGGAAAACGAAAACGUGAUGAUUGUGAUGGAAAUGGUGAACGGAGGCGGCCUUGAUCAUUACUUAAAAAAGAAACACCACAAAUGCUCCUACGCAUUUGAUGUCGCGCUUGGUCUUUAUUACCUACACAGUAAACGAUGCAUGCACAGGUAUGUUUCGUUUGCUUCUUCGUGGAGAGAUUUCUCUUCUUCUAUCGACACGAGCGCUUCCCUUUCUAAGCUUUUCAUUACUUUCCUGAUUUCAUUACUCGAGACAUACACCAUCAUAUUGACAAAUGUUUUGGUAACGCAAGGGAAGGUGAUCAGUGUCGCUUUUGCUGAAUACACUGAUCAUCUGGAA